GCCCUCCCAGAUACCGAUCAGUAUUUAAACCGUCUGAUGCAACGACUUUUAGUCUCAACAUCUACAUCCGAUUCUAUAAGGCUAUAUCAUCGUCUCCGAUUCUGGACCCCGAAUAGCCUCCAGACAACAUUAUACCAUAGAUCAGAGGUCUACAGACUAACUGCAAACGGGGGAGGAGGGCGGUGAGGACAUGAUGCCGGGACAGAUCCCUGACCCUUCACUGACGGCGGGCACCCUGCCCAGCCUUGGGCCUCUGGCGGGCAUCCCUGCCACCACGCUGACAGACCAGCUCAAGCUGGCCGACUUCUGCAACCUGGGUGCAAUGCUUUCACCUGUGCACUUCCUAGGGAGGCUGGGGAAAAGGACACUGGAAAUCAAGGAAGAGAUGGAGGAGGAUGACGACAGGAGGAAACGGAGAAGAGAGAAGAACAAGGUGGCCGCAGCUCGCUGCCGGAACAAAAAGAAGGAGAGAACAGACUUCCUUCAAAAGGAAUCGGAGCGGCUGGAGAUGGUCAACUCAGACCUGAAGGCCCAGAUAGAGGAGCUUCGCGUGGAGAGGCAGCAACUCAUGGUCAUGCUCAACCUCCACCGGCCCACAUGCAUCGUCAGGACAGACAGCGUUAAGACCCCAGAGAGUGAAGCCAACCCCCUGCUAGAACAGUUAGCUGCCACAGAGUAAAGAGAAAUUGAUGGACACAAUAUAUGGACACCAGGAA